AUGGCCCCCGCAGACAAGGUCGGCUCGUGGCUCGACAAGGGCAAGAAGCCGUCCAAGAAGGAGGCGUACGACUCGGACUCGGACUCGGAUUCGUCGGCCGUCACCGAGCCCGACGUCCCCGCCAAGAAGGCUGCCUCGUCGUCCAGCAGCUCCAGCAGUGACAAUGACAGUGAUAGCGACAGUGACAGCUCGAGCGAUUCGGACAGCGACGAGGUUAACGCCAAGGAGGGCCGCGAGCGCAACAUUGACUGGGAUGCGGUGAUGCCCAAGGUCCGGCCGGCGCUGCUGGACCGCAGCGCCAAGCGCCGCGACGCCUUCAUCGCGCGCUACUUCUACGUCACUGACGAAUUGCCUGUGCAGACUCAGGUGCCUGCGCUCUUGCAGGCGCUCCUGUCGUCGCUGGUCCUUAUGCAGGAUCUGCGCGCAGUUGAGGCGGACGUCGGUGUGCUUGCCGAGCUUGUUGUGCGUGACGAGAGGCAACAACAGGCGCAGAAGCUUGGCGACAAGCUCGUCAAGUGGUCGCGAGCGGAGGUCGACAAGGCUGUCGCUUCGCCCAAGUCAUCGACCCCCACCUCGCUUCAGCCCCAGCUCAUGCUCGUCCUCACCCUCAUCGCAACGCUGCGCAAGUCUAGAGGCGACGUGUUUGCAACCUCGGCGCAGUGCGCGGACCUUUUUGUCGCCCUCGCGACCGUGCUCGAUGCGAUCAGCGAGCGCGCGGCGGGCAUGAAGGGACGCCGCCCAGAACGCCUUCUGCGCAAGCUGAACGUGCGCGUCUGGCGCGUGCUUAGACCCAUGCGCGCAGCGUUCCCCGAUCUCAUCAAGGUCCUCACCACGAAGGUGCCUGUUCCAGCGCGCGCUGCCGUGCUGCUGGGUCACAUCGUCAGCGUUUCCCUUAGAGCCAAGCCAGCCAAGGGGCAGCCCGAGGGGCGCGCCGUCAUCGAGGGCCAGAAGGACGCCUUGCUCAACUACUACUCCGCGCACAUCCUCUCCACCAAGACGGCCCUCCCUCCUCACGUGCCUUUGGCGCUACGCGAGUUCCUCUCCAACUUUGUCACUGAGGCUGACCUCACUGGCAAGCUCAUCCCAACGGCUGAGCGCAUGAUGCUGCGGUCCCCAGAGAUUGCACUGACGCUCACUGCCGACCUCCUCGACUGCUGUGAGAUCGACAUCUCGUCCAUCAUUCCUGCCAAACUCAUCCCUUCCACUAUCUCGGCGUCCAAGUCGUCGAACGCCGAGACGCGUGCCAAGGCAGUCGUGCUCCUCAAGGCGGUCGUGAAGCGGACGUCUAAGCCCGAGUCGCUGUCCAAGCUCGCGGCUGAGCUGCUUGCCCUCCCCAAGGCAGGCAAGUCGGCGAGUGCUGAGCAGCGCGUCGCGCUCUACAACAUGGUGGCGGCGAUUCCUUCGGCCGCGUCCUCUGUUGUGGUGGACACCGUUCCAACACUUGUCGCCAAGGAGGCUAACGAGCACGCGCUCAACGCUAUGGCCGUGGCGCUUGGCGCCCAUCUCUCCACUGCGCUCACGUCGGACAAGGCUGUCGCCCCCGCUGCGGCAACUGCGCUGAUCAAGGAGCUCGCGUCGACGAAGCUGUCAGCCAGGAGAGCGCUCUCUAGUGCUGUCGGCUCCGCAGUGUGGUCCGUCCACGCGGACGACAAGUUCUCGUCAGAGGGCCAGAAGAUCCUCGGUUCGCUGGUCCCCGCACUCGAGGGUAACCUGAAGACAGCCAGCGGGUGCGCGCCCGCCAACGCAGCCGGCUUCCUCGAGGGUUACGUCGCUGUCGCGCUUGGCCUCGGGCCUCUCAAGGCACUCCCGGUCGCUGCCAAGCUGAUCGAUGGGCCAGCUAUGCAGGGCGUCCUCACCCUUACCCCGAAGCCCUCCUUCAUCCUCAACGACAAGGCUUACACCAAGCUCUCGACUCUCCAGGACGACCUCUGGUUCCUGCGGGCGCUCCAGGUUCUCGUUCUCCGUGGCGAAGGCCUGGCUGAAGAGGACGUUCGCGUCGCUCUCGGCCUCGGCCUGAUUCACCUCGCGUUCGACUCGAAGCACCCCACUGUCCGCCGCGACACCCUCACCACGGUCACUGCUCUCGCCAAGGAGCAGCCGCUGCUCACCGCAAAGAUCGUGCGCGAGUCCCUCACUGCGUGGCUCCGCUUGCGCGACCUGGCCCGUGCUGCUGCUCUCAAGAAGCGUGCCCCGGGAGAGGACGCAGAGGUGUUCCCGUCGCGUUCUCGCCAGAUCGGCGCGCUCCUAGACGCGUCCGUUGUCAAGUCUGACAAGGCCGACAAGGCAAUGCUUGAGGACAUCGCCGCCGAUCUCGUCGUGCUCGCCCACCACCCUGAGAUUGGAGAGGCCUCGACCGUCUCGUGGAUCUCGCUUGUGCAGUCGCAUGGCCUCGACCCCGCGACGCUUGUCCAGCUCAAGCAUGGGCACAUCCUCAACCUCCUCUGGGAGGCGGCCGCUGCGCCACCCAAGGACCCCCGCUUCGCAGAGGCCGCUUACCGUGCGAUCGCGACGCUCGCCUUCAUCGACCCAGUCGAGUUUGUUGCUGACGUCGUUGAGAAGGCGCGCGGGGACCUUGACCCUCAGAACCUCGACUUCAUCGGCCUCGAGGAGCGCGGCAUCUGGGCAACCCCCGAGGACAAGCUCUUCGUUGACGUCCUCUCGACCAAGAAGGACGAGGUCGAAAACAAGAACCGCAAGAACUACGACAUUGAGAAGUGGGAGCAAGAGGUGCGCGAGCAGCUCGCGAAGAAGCAGGCGACCAAGAUCGCCACCAACCUCUCCAAGCAGGACAAGGCGCUGGUGGCUGCGCAGCUGCGCAAGGAGAAGGCCGUGCGCGAGCAGAUCGCCACCACACAGGCCCGCCUGCGCCGCGGCCUUGAGCUCGUGGCUGCCCUCACCGACUCGCCCGUCUCGGCUGUCGAGGCCAAGGUCGGCACCAUCGCCGACCUGCUUCUCAGCAGUGUGUUUGGCCCGGGCGCGUUCCUCGUGGAUGGCCGCGCCUUCGACGUCUUCAUCAAGCUGUCGACCCUCUCGGCUCCCCGUAUUGGCGAGUACCGUCGCAUGGUCGCCGCUGUGCUGCUCCGCGCGUUCGGUGCGCCGUUCGUCCCCGACGACUACCAGGAGGAGGGGGUCGGUGAGCAGGUCACCCGUGUGCUCCACCAAAUCAACUUCGCCGCAUCGAAGAUUCCGCUCGACAGCACGACGUAUGCUCUUGUGAGCAUGCUCAUGUCGCGCGUUGUCGCCCUCGGGGGAGUCGGCUGCGAGUCGUCCCAUAGUGAGCAGGCGCAGGAGCAGCUCACUCUGGUCGUCGGCAUCAUCGGCUCAUGCGUCGGCGAGUUUCAUGACUCACGGUACCCCCGCCUCCACACGAUCAAGGACCUCAUCCAGAUCAUCGGCACCUACACGCGCCUUGCAAAGGAUGCCUCGGCGGUCUUGGCUGACCUCGGCGCUGCGAUCCAGGAUGUCGCAACGCCUAGUGAGAUUGCAGCCCUUAUCAGCGGCACGCUUUCUCCCGACUCGGGUGUGCGCAACUCGGUGCUGCAGGCUCUCCAGCCCGUCGACCUCACCGACUUGAACUACUCGGAGGAGCUCUUCAUCUCGACACACGACUCGGACGAGACCAACGCCGGUCUUGCUGAUAAUGUCUGGGAGGAGAACGGCUUUGACGUCCCCGAGACGUACCUCGACUCGUUGCUGAAGUAUCUCGCGCACUCCAGUGGCGCCGUCCGCACCGGUGCGUCGGCUGCCCUCGCCGACGCCGUGCAGCAGUACCCGUCCCAGAUCGACGCCACCCUCGCCGGUCUCCAGGACCUGUACGUCGAGAAGGCCAAGCUCCUUGAACCCGAGUACGACCGCUUCGGGAUGAUCAUCCCGGAGACCGUCAACCGCCCUGACCCCUGGGAGGCACGCGUGGCCAUUGCCUCGACGCUCGAGAAGGUUGCGGCUAUGGUUCCCGACUCGCAGGUCACCCCCGUGCUCAAGUUCCUGAUCAAGAAGGAGGCCCUCGGUGACCGUCACGAGGAGGUGCGCCGCAACAUGCUGAACGCCGCCACUGCGCUUGUCGACAUCCACGGUGGCAAGGACGUCGCCGGCCUCAUGGCCAUGUUCGAUAAGGAGCUCGCGAAGAGCUCAAAGUCGCAGGCGUCCGACUAUAUCAAGGAGGCUGUUGUUAUUCUUUUCGGUCGACUCGCCGGCCACCUUGACGCCUCGGACGAGCGCAUUCCCAAGGCCGUUGACCGUCUCGUCGAGGCGCUGAACACUCCUUCUGAGCUCGUCCAGUCCGCCGUCGCCGACUGUCUCCCCGCUCUCGUGCAGGGCAUGUCGUCGGAGGAGACCGAGUACCUUGUCGACCGCUUGUUCUCGACCCUCACCACUGGCGCCAAGUACGCCCACCGUCGCGGUGCUGCUUACGGUAUCGCGGGUGUUGUUAAGGGUCGUGGCCUCCGCUCGCUCAAGGAGUACGACCUCAUGGACAAGCUCACUGAGGCCGCUGAGGACAAGGACGUGUUCGAGACCCGCGAGGGCGCGCUCCUCGCCUUUGAGACGCUCUCCGCCACGCUCGGCCGCGUCUUCGAGCCGUACAUUGUCCAGAUCAUCCCCCAGAUGCUCGCGCUCUUCGGCGAUACCAACAAGUACGUGCGUGAGGCGACACAAUACGCCGCAAAGGUCAUCAUGUCGCGCAUCUCGGGCCACUGCGUCAAGCUCAUUCUGCCCACCCUCCUCGAGGGUCUCGAGGAGAAGCAGUGGCGCACCAAGAAGGGCUCGAUCGAGCUGCUUGGAUCCAUGGCCUUCUGUGCUCCCCGCCAGCUGUCGGUCUCGCUCCCUACCAUCAUCCCUCAUCUCACUGGCGUUAUCAACGACUCGCACGCCCAGGUCAAGUCGGCCGCCAACUCUGCACUCAAUGGCUUCGGCGAGGUCCUCCAGAACCCCGAGAUCAAGGCUAUCCAGAAGAAGCUCAUGAACGCCCUCGCCGACCCAACGGGGAAGACGAACAGCGCGCUCGGGUACCUGCUCAAGACGACGUUCGAGCACUACCUUGACGCGCCGUCGCUCGCGCUCGUCAUGCCUAUUAUCGAUCGUGGUCUCAAGCAGCGCAGCUCCGAGACCAAGCGCAAGUCGGUCCAGAUCGUCGGCAACAUGGCCUCGCUCACCGAGGUCCGCGACUUUGUUCCCUACCUCGCCGAGCUCAUGCCGCUCGUCCACGACGUCCUUGUCGACCCCGUGCCGGAAGCACGUGCCACCGCGGCCAAGUCGCUCGGAACACUUGUCGAGCGUCUCGGCGAGACCAACUUCCCGGACCUCGUGGACCGGCUCCUUGGCAUGCUCCGCACCGACUCGAGCGGUGUCGACCGCCAGGGCGCCGCUCAGGGCCUCUCCGAGGUCCUCUCCGGCCUCGGUAUGGACCGCCUCGAGGCUCUCCUGCCCGAGAUCAUCGCGAGCACCGCCAGCCCGCGCGCACACGUGCGUGAGGGCUUCAUCUCGUUGUUAAUCUACCUCCCCGCGACGUUUGGCCAUCGCUUCUCACCCCACCUUGGCCGCGUCAUCCAGCCGAUCCUCAACGGUCUCGCAGACGAUUCCGAGUACGUGCGAGAGGCGUCGAUGCGCGCCGGUAAGAUGAUCAUCUCGAACUACUCGAACAAGGCCGUUGAGCUUCUGCUCCCCGAGCUCGAGAAGGGCAUGCUCGACAGCUCGUGGCGUAUCCGCCAAUCGUCCAUCUCGCUCACCGGCGAGCUGCUCUACCGCGUCACCGGUAUCAGCGGCAAGGUCGAGCUCGAGGAGGACGAGACGGCUGCGCGUACCGCCGACCAGACGCGCACGGCGCUCACCGAGGCCCUUGGCCAGGAGCGCCGCGACCGAGUCCUCGCUACACUCUACAUUGUGCGCCAGGACACCGUCAGCAGCGUCCGCCAGUCGUCGAUCCACAUCUGGAAGGCGCUUGUGCACAACACGCCGCGCACCACCCGCGAGAUCCUGCCCGUGCUCAUGCAGCUCCUCGUCUCCCUCCUCGGCUCGGAGACCGUCGAGCAGCAGGAGACAGCGUCGCGCACCAUCGGCGAACUGUGUCGCAAGAACGGCGAGCGCAUCGUUGGCGAGAUUGUGCCGAUUCUCAAGAAGGCGAUCGCGUCACCCGACCUGCGUACCAAGGAGGGCGCAUGUCUCGCGUUCUCCGACGUCAUGACGUCGGCCUCCAAGGACGCCAUCGAGGCGCACGAGGAGGUCAUCAUCGCGGCUGUCCGCGACGCUCUCGUCGACCCGUCGCCGGACGUUCGUGCCGCUGCUGCGCGCACGUUCGACACCAUGCAGCACUUCAUGGGCGCCAAGGCCAUCGACCAGACCAUUCCCACGCUGCUCGAGGCCAUGCGCAACCCCGGCGAGAGCUCAGAGACGGCGCUACAGGCUCUGCAGGAGGUCAUGAGCGUGCGCGCCAACAGCGUGUUCCCCGUGCUCCUGCCAACCCUCACCGCGCAGCCCAUUUCGGCGUUCAACGCUCGCGCUAUCAGCGCCCUUGUGCGCGUGGCCGGCACCGCGCUCAACCGCCGCAUCGACUCGCUUCUCGGCUCGCUUGUCAAGUCACUCGAGGCGAACCCAGAGGAGGACGUCCGCGAGGAGCUCAACGAGGCGGUCGAGUCACUCGUCGGGUCGGUCACCGACCCCGACGGCGUGCACCUCCUCGAGAUGCUGCUCAUCGGCUGGGCCAAGGACGCCAACCCUGUGCGCCGCGCCACGGCGUGCAACAUCUUUGGAACCAUGUGCCAGGUCAACGAUGCGGACACGGAGGAGUACCGCGUCGACUGGGUGCGGAUACUUGUGUCACUGUUCGAUGACCCUGUCGAGGAGGUCGUCACUGCGGCCUGGGAGGCGCUCGAGCACUUUGUCAAGACGGUCGACAAGAGCGAGCUCGAGGACCUUGUCGUGCCCCUCCGCCGCGCGAUCGAGGGCACUGGCGCACCUGGGCGCACCGUGCCGGGCUUCUCGCGUCCUAAGGGCGCGCAGUCGAUUGUGCCGAUUCUCCUGGCGGGUGUGCUCAGCGGCACGCAGGAGCAGCGCGAGCAGGCCGCUCUGGGUGUUGGAGACCUUGUACAGCGGACCACCGAGGCGGCGAUCAAGCCGUACAUCAUCCAGCUCACUGGUCCCCUCAUUCGUGUCAUCUCAGGCCAGUCGAUCGCGCCUCAGAUCAAGAGUGCCAUCCUCCAGGCUCUCACGAUCCUGCUCGAGGAGGUGCCUCAGCUCGUGCGCCCCUUCCACCCGCAGCUCACGCGCACGUUUGUCAAGUCGGCAUCCGACUCGGUGUCGUUGGUGGUGCGCAACCGCGCUGCUACGGGUCUCGGGGAGUUGAUGAAGCACCAGCCGCGUGUGGACCCGCUGAUCACCGAGCUGAUCGGGGGUGUCCGAAGUGCCGAGAAGGACAUUGCGCCCUCUGUGAUGUUGGCCCUAGCUGCCGUGUGCUCGAGCGCAGGCAAGAACAUCGGAGCGGCGGCCAAGGGCUCGAUCAUCGAGGUUGUCGAGGAGGCGUUUGCAGACUCGCCGAGCGACGCGUACAACAAGGCCGUCGGGUCUGUCAUCGCCGGCCUGGCACUGCACGACGUGGAGACUAUCCGCCCUGUCGUCGACGCGUUCCUCGCUGCCCCGACACCACCUACACCACUGAUGAGCAUCGCGAUCCUGGCCGUGCUUGAGCGCACGCCUGACGCGUUCCUCGAGCUAGGUGGCGAGGUGCCCGAGGACAUUGUGCGCAAGAUCAAUGCCAGCGUGGGUGGGGAUGGGCCGAUUGCACGACCGGCGCGCGAGGCGCGCGACAUCAUCCGUGGGAACGACAGGUGGAUGGGCGAACCGGAGGUCGCCGCGCUGAUCAAGUAG